GUAGACAUAUAUUAUAAAGAGAAAGUAAAGUAUGUUCUUAUAUAACUAUGAUUUCAAGGCGUCUUCGUGCUAGUAUUGAUGCUACUCGUAAUAUCAAACACACUCGAAUUAAAAAUGAGCAAGAUAUAGAAAGUGAAUACAAAUUUAUGACUUUGCUUGGUAAGGGAAGUUUUGGCACAGUGUCUGAAGCAAUACGAUUAUAUGAUCAAACUGGAUGGGCUAUUAAAGUUAUUAACAAAGAAAAGGCUGGAAGUGUUGGUGUAAAGUUGUUAGAAAGAGAAGUUUUGAUAAUGAAAAUGGUUAAUCACCCACACAUUAUUCACUUAGAAGAGGUUUUUGAAACAUCGCAUAAAAUGUUUUUGGUAAUGGAGCUGUGUUUGCAAGGUGCUUUAGAAAGUUUACUAAAAAAAGUUACAUAUUUUGAAGAGAAGGAUGUAUUGUGCAUAUUUACUCAGCUAGCUGAUGCAAUAGAUUAUAUUCAUAGCAAUGAUAUCAUACACAGAGACCUCAAACUAGAAAACAUUCUUCUUGCUCCUCAGUUUGAAUCUUACAACAUCAAGCUAACAGAUUUUGGUCUGUCAUACACUCGAGGGGGAUCAGGAAGUGACUACAUGAUGAAUCAAGUUGUUGGAACUCCAAUUUAUAUGGCUCCAGAAGUGAUUACAAGGUAUGAUUAUAGCCAACAGUGUGAUAUUUGGAGUGCAGGUGUUAUUAUGUACAAGCUUUUAUGUGGUGAACCACCUUUUAUGGCAAGCAAUGAAGAGGAACUUUUUAUUCUCAUCCAGAAAGGUGAAUUGAAAUUUGAAAAAGAGAAGUGGAAAUCAGUAUCACCUUCUGCUAAACAUUUGUUGGAGGGAAUGCUGAAAGUUGAUCCAGCGCACCGGAUUACUUCAAAAGAAAUUCUUUGUCAUCCAUGGAUUAAGGGUGAUGAAACUGUAGAUAAAUAUGCUACCAAUGUCUUGGAAAUGAUGAAAGAAUAUAACAGGGAACAAAAGCUUCUAAAUUCUUCUGGCAUCAAUGGAGGCAGUUCUGACAUUUCUGUUCAUUCAUCGAUAUCUAGCCAAAUUACAGUUAGUUCUGAAACUAAAGAUUCUCAAAUUUCUUUAAAACCUCUUGACAGAGGAAAGAGAAAUAGUCUAACUGGAAACGUGCUAUACGGAAAAAGUACGCGUUCGCCAAAAGUUAGUCAUUCAAGGGGUGUUACAAAGAAAGAAUGAUUGCAAAAAGUAGUUUUUCAUUUCCAUAUAUUUGACACAAGUUUUUAAGGUAGCAUUUCUCCUAAAAUCUAAACGUUCAAAGAACAUGGUGUGCUUAUAAUCUUUUAUAUGUUAUGUAUUUUAAUAAAAAAAGAUUUUUUUUUUUAAAGGAAUGAAUAUUAAGUGUGUUUACAUUAGAUAUAUAUUUUUUUUAAUUUGAAUAGAUUUGCAAGAGUUUUUAAAACACUGCAGUUUCAAGAUUUUCAAGCUAUAAAAAGAAAAUAAACUACCUUUAGAAAAAAGUAUUUUCAUAAAAAUAAUUCUUUUUUUUUUAAAUAAAUGUUAUAUGUCGCAAUAUACUUUUAUUUUUUAGGGAAUCUACUACCUUAAAAUCUAAAAUUUUUUAAAAAGGUAAUCCUAACUAGGUUUGUGUUUACUUCUGCCCAUUAAUCUUAAGACUAACGGAGGGAUGUGAGUAUGGUCCCAAUUUUUUUUUUU